ACUUCUGAUCAAGACGUGAGCUCCUCCAUCAGUGUCUAAGCGGACCUGACCAAGAGGUAAAGAAGCUCUUAACUUAUCACCACUGCACAAUGCCACUGGACUUUAGGAGCAGAUAGACCAAAGGUCCUGGUGUUCCUUAUAGUCUGGCUACCAUCGGCUAAAGGAGACAAACAGGAUGAUUGACCUGAGCCACCUGACGGAGGAGGAGCAGGAGGCCAUAAUGACUGUAUUGUCUCGGGACGCAGAGCUGAAGAGGGCUGAGGAGGAGAGGAUACGAAAACUGGAGACUGUCCUCAACAGUGGCACCCAGCAGUCCAACAGCAAUCUGAAGUACUUUACUGGAGAGUGGUUUUAUGAGGCUAAGUCCAGCAGACACAUGGACAAGAUUCACGGAUCUGAACUCAUCCUGGCUUCCAUCAAACGGAGGAAGUCUGCUCUGGAUGGCUCCAUAAGAACUGAAAGAUCCAAAUCUCCCAAGAAUCAGGGCUCAGACCUGAUCCCUCCACCAAAACCUGCAAGAACCUGGGAUGCACUACAGCCACAGGAGAUGAACCCCACUGAAAAAGAAGCCCUCCAAAUUCGCUCCCCAAGAACGCCACGACACAACCCUUUUAACCGCGCCUCUCUCCUUGUGGUUGAUCCACCUGAAAAUACAGUAGAUGUUUCAAAUGGUGCAGAGAAACAAUAUCCAGGGAGUUGUCAAACCCCAGCUGGCUCUGUGACCUCUGAUGCUUCCUCUGCUGGUUUUCGGCCAGUACCCAAAAAGAGGACAUUUCUCUCCAGACGCUCCAGUGCUGCCCAGGGCCUGGAGACUUCGGGUCAUCCUGCCGGGGUUGUGCCUGCUCCAAGACGCAGCCUGCAAAAUGGUUCAAGUGGAAGCUCUCAACAGUCUAAUGUUAAGCCUCAAGAUAUAAGCACAAACACAGAUGCUACGUCACCAAAGCAAGUCACGGAGUCUUCUCAGGCUUGCUCUAGAUCUAAUUUGGAGGGAAAUGCACCUGCACCAGUGAAAAACCGUACUACCUCAUACAUCACAAGAGAUGAGGAAGCUGAGGAUGGACAGGACAAUCUCACACAAAAGCCACCUGUAACCACGGAAACGGUCCCCCCACUCAGCAACAAUAGCAUUCACCAUUCAGAGGGCAAGAACACCAGCAGUGUGGGGUCAGCAAGCAGGCAGGAGCUAAGCUUCACCCAAAGUAGUGUGGCUGCUGAGCCACCAGUAUCUUAUGAGCUGAAUUAUAUAGAUAAGUCUGAUCAACAAGUGCAAGCCAAAACUAAACAGGAACUUAGACUAAGCUCUCAGACAACCAGCCCCAACGGAGAGAAGGACGACUCCAUCACCAAGGUGCUGGACUGGUUUAGCCGCAGCACUGACAGCAGUAAUUGGCUCAACAACAAUGAUGAAAAGAUCACAAAAAGCUCUAGUGAUGUCUAUAAUCAACUCAACACAGAGGCACAUCCCGAAACUGGGAAGUCACAUGUCCCUAUAGAAAUACACAAACAACAGGAUACACUGGCAACAGCACCGCCACCACUUGAAGACAACAGUAAUGAAAAUCAACAUGCCAAAAUUUCUCAUCUGAAAUCUUUUUGGGAGAAAAGCAAUAGUGGAAACAAAAUAUUUAUCAGCAAAUCAAUCACAUCGAGUGACAAAGAAUCAAAGACCAGCAAAGAUGAAGAGCACUGUGAUAGCCAAUCAACUGCAAGCAUACACAAUGACAUGGGUGUACAUAAGGAUGUCACUAAUCAAGAAAAGACUGAUAAGACACAACAGAAAGAAACUCAUUCAAUGUUACAGAGUUUAACUGCACCAGGAAUACAGUUAGAAAAAAUAUCAACUGCCUCCUUAUUUGCGCCAACCAUACAACCUAAUGGUAUUUCACAGGUGGUUGAGCACAUACAAUCUGAAGAAAUAAACAAGAAAGAAAAGAGAAUCCCUGAGUCUCAGGUUCAAGCUAAAGACAAUUUGGAGUCAGACAAACUUGUGCACCUCAAGCCAAAUGGACAAAUUAGUCCUAAAGUUCAAAUAUACGGUUCAAAUGAGGACAUGAACAGGAGAAACUAUGGAGAUAGAAGUCCUAAAAGCGCGCCCAUUAAAGACAAAAGCCCAGUGUUAAACAGACAUGUCGGCGCACAAGAUGUUCCACUGAAGGAUAAAGAAAGAAUCAAGCAUCUCAAAUCAUUCUGGGAACAGGAAAGAGCAAAAACAGGAUAUAUUGUGAAAACCAGAGCAGACCUUAAAUCCACAAGUGCGAAACUAAACAAAAGACAUGCCAAGUCUGAGUUUGAUCUGCAGUUAAUUGGGAAGAGCUCUGAUAGUGAGGAGGAAAACAGACCCCUGCAGCACUUAAGUGGGGUUCAGUCGAAUCAAAAGGCGGAAAAGACAUCUCCAAGUUUGGGCCAAAGGCAGUUCAAGACUUUGCGUGAGUUCUGGGGUGAGGCCUUGUCAGAAUCCAAAUCGUUUACAUCAGACAAAACUAGGAGCCCUAAAUGUAAAGAGCUGCCAUUACAUGAGAUCAAAUGCGGUGACUCUGACAUAAGCAGUGAGAAACCCAGCUCAAGACCAGCCCCUCCUCCUUAUAGGCCGAGGCUGCCAUUGGACAAGCAGACCGGAUCAAGAUUGGAAAGUAAAGCCAACCACUUGAAUAAUCACAGUACACCAGAUACUAUGUGCCAAAGAGAGGUCAGAAGAAGCUCCAAAGACUCAGGGAAAGGGCCUAAAACCAGAAAGGAGAGUUUUAGCACUUCCAGCAGUCGUAUGAACUCAUUUCGUAGGGCAAAAAGCAUGUUUUCACUCAGCACUGAUGAAACUGAUCAGAUUCAAAUUGACAUAAGCCCUGUCCAUUCUCAAAGCAGGAAGCAGAGGGCCAGUACUGAGAAGGGCGCAGGUCUGCGAAGACACUCUGAGGACACAGAGACACUGACCCCUCGUGCACGGGCAUUUGUGCCCACAGACUACAGGCACUACUUAGGCAUGACCGAUAAGACCAGUGCCCACACCUCCAUGGCUCUACAGGACAGACGACCAAAAGAGGUCAAAGUGGACUAUGACAACAGCAGAAGAGGAAGCAAGACACAGCAGCGCCCUCUGUCCCCAAGCUACAGCGGUACGGAUACGUUCCACGAGUCCCCGAACAGUGCAUUAGAAUCCAGUCCCAACUCCAGGCUCAGUUCAAAUCGCGAAAUUGACAAUGACAGUCCUGUGAGACGUGCGCUGAGGAGAGCAGAAGCACGUCCCAAGAAUCUGGCUAAAAGUCUUGAGGACAUCACUGCAGUGUCCACCCCACGUUCAGAAAGAAGGCAGGAGCUGUCUGUAGAUCAAAGGUCCAGCAGUGAUGGAUCCUCUCUGCCUUCUCCAAUGUCAUCUUUAUUUAUGGACCCAGAGCACACAAAGAAGAUGAGCAAGUCUGUCCCAUCCUUUUUACAGAAAGAGUUAAGUGGGAGUGUGAUGACCAUGUACAGCGGGGACUUUGGGAGCGUGGAAGUGCAGGGGACCAUCCAUUUCUCCAUUCACUAUGUGCAGAAGCUCAGAGAGUUUCACAUCUUUGUAGCUCAGUGCAAAGACUUGGCUACUGUUGACCCCAAGAGAGGUCGCUCUGAUCCGUAUGUCAAAAGUUACCUGGUUCCAGACAAGGCUAAUCUAGGAAAGAGAAAAACAUCUGUGAAAAAGAAGACACAUAAUCCAGUAUUCAACGAAAUCCUCAGAUAUCGCGUUCGCAUGGAAUAUCUCAAAACACAGACCUUAAUUCUCUCUGUUUGGCAUCAUGACACUUUUGGUAAGAACAGUUUUCUGGGCGAGAUAGACGUGGAUCUCUCCAAGUGGGACUUUGACCACACCCAGAUGAACUACUUAGCUCUAAAAGCCCGGACAUAUCCUACUCUCACGCUCCCUAACUGCAGAGGGGAGAUGAGGAUAGCCAUACGUUAUGUGCCACAGAUUGGUCAAAGCGAUGGUUUGGCCAAAGUCGGCCCUAACAGUGGAGAGAUUCACAUUUGGGUGAAAGAAUGCAAGAAUCUUCCAAUGAUCCGAGCCACUAUCGAUCCUUAUGUUAAGUGCUUUGUUCUGCCAGACACAAGCAAAAAGAGCCGCCAAAAGACUCGUGUUUUGCGUGGCACGACUGACCCAGUAUUUAACCACACCAUGGUGUAUGACGGCAUCAGACAGGCCGACCUGACAGAGGCCUGUGUCGAGCUCACGGUCCUGGACAGAGACAGACUGGCCACCAACCUUCUGGGUGGGCUGAGGCUUGGGGCUGGCACAGGCAGAAGUUAUGGUUCCCUGGUGGAUUGGAUGGACUCUACAGCAUAUGAGGUGGCUCUGUGGGACCGCAUGAUGGCUUCUCCCAAUGAAUGGGUUGAGGAUGUACUUCCCUUGCGAUGGCUCCACUCUACAAAGACUACUUCUAAAUAGGAAGACUGAAAACACAGUACAAUUAAUUUUUAACAUUUUAUCUAAAAUAACCAUCCAGCAUUGAAAACGCUCUUAACCAUUUUUAAUACUUAUUUUGCUGCAGUACACCAGUUGGUUUGCUAUAAAGCUUACUUAUAACUGCAUUUGCACAUCUUUGACAGGUAACUCAUAUCUUCACUGACACACAUAUUCUACAAUACUAAAAGUGUAAAUGAGGAUGAAAACACUGAAAUGUUAACAGUAUUGUUUUGUGAAUCUG